AUGUCUUCGCCACAAAGGGAAGGGUUCUCCGCCCCAAGCUCGCUUUCUCAUGCUGCACACGGUCAAAUCACCUCCAAGACCCUCGGUAUCAAAUACAACUGUGCUCAAUGUGGGUCUUCGUUCCAAUUGAGUCGUUCAGAUGCCAUCAGAUGUAAGGAAUGUGGACAUCGUGUUCUUUAUAAGGCUAGAACCAGAAGAAUGGUCCAAUUCGAAGCUCGUUAA